AUGGUGGACCGAAUGCUGGGCUGGCUGAAGCGUCGUUCGGAGAACAGCACGGUCACGUACUCGCGAUUCGGACUGCCCGGCGACGAAGUGGACGAGCGGCCGGCGCCGACGAAAAUCCACGUGGCGCACUUUGACGACGACGCGCCCGAAUACCGCGCGUUCUUCACGCACGCGACACGCGCCGCGACCGUCAGCGCCGGCUUCGGACUCCUUUGCGCCGUCUUCUCGUUCGUCAUGUUCCUGUUCGAGUUCCGAUGGGACGAGCACGGCGGCAGCUUCGACGUCGGCACCAUCGGUACGAUUUUGAGCCACUUGGACCAAACUUUGCAAACUUCUUGGUCUUGGAUUGAAGUAUAUUGCAUCCAAGUUUCAGAUCGAUCCGAUCAUCCGGUCUCGAGAUAUACGGUCUUUUCGGCCUCCGAUUCACAUAUCUCGGGACCAGAUGAUCCGAUCGGUUUGAAACUUGGACCCAAAAUACUUCAUUCCAACACCAAGACGUCUGCAAAGUUUAAUCCCGAUCGGAUGAUUGCAAGUGCUCCAAAAGUCCAGACAUUUUCGCAUAAAAACAUUUGCAGUGGCCUCGAUGAUAUUCGUGACGAUCGGCGUGCUCAUCCACUGGGAAAUCAUAAUCGGCGUAAAAAGAGAGAAUCCGGUGCACAUGGUCCCAGCGAUCAUGGUCUACAUCUUCAUGAUCGUCGUCGAACUCAUCGUCUACGUCCUCGCCGCGUACGUUUCAAACAUUUUCGAGAUUUUUUAGCAAUUGACGUAGAAAAUUAGAGUGAUUCUUUUAAAGUACUGUCAAAUUCAAAUUUGCAGGAACCACCUGAUCAACUCGUCGUCAAUGUUCACGUACAGCGAGAAGCACACUCCGACGUUCAUGACGCUGUCGGUGUUCUACUUGACCGUCGUCGGAAUUCAGACGUCGAUGCUCCUCUCGAUCACGAAGGCGCGCUCCUAUUACGAGGCGAAGAGCAUCCAUCGCAGAGAGGUUCAGGUCGCCGAGCACGGGGUAAUUCUCAAUACCUGGAAAAAUGAGCGCAACUGAAAAGAAUUCCUCCUGAAAAUUGCGUUUUCCAGAAGCGUCAGAACCCGGCAAUGCGGAUCGUUUACGUGAAGGAGGGCGAGCAGAUCGCGUCGAUCGGAGAGCCGGAACAACUCCCGCAUAUUCCGGUCACGUCGCCGCCGCCACGUGUCAUUUUGGCGGCCAACGACGAUAUUGCCUGA